AUGGCAAAGUUUCUCUUUUUCAUAGUUGCUGUCGUAGCUGCCGCAACUGCCGAGAGACAUUUUCGAUUUGAAAGGCUUCGUGCAAACAAACUAGACCGCGGAUAUCUUCCACUAGUGCCAUCAUUCUUCGCCAACGUGACCGAAGAAGAUUUCAAAAAAGCUAUUAAAAUUUUAAGCGACCGUGAUCUUACAAAACAGCAACAAUAUGACAAACUCAACAAACUGGUUGUAGCUCAGGGAACACAAUUUUCAGAACAGUUUGGAAAGCUAAAAAGUGACCUGAACCAGUUUACAGCAGAAGUUGAGCAAAAAACAAAUGAAAUUAUUGCAAAUGUUACUACAGCAAUAGAACAAAUAAUUAGGAUAAAAAGUAACAUGCAAAUUACAAUAAAAGAGGAAAAGAGCCAAGUCAAAUCACUGCUUUCCACGUAUCCAAAGUAUGUAGGCAAAAUUAUAAAGAUCGUGAAAGAAGCAGCUAUUAAAAGUGCUAUGAUUUCUCAUCCACCGUCGACAGUACUACAGGCUAAGUUCUUUCCAGUGCUGGCAUUUUAUUAA